UCGCUCCGUCCACGUGGGAAGAGUGCCUCCCGGAUCUGCAAUCCCUUAUUUUGGGCUCCUCCCCCCCAAAGUUUUAGUCUCCGCGUACCGAUUCGCGUUCCUGCAUCCCUCAGCUACCUACCUAGCCAGUCAUUCAUUCCCAACUCAGGAUGCGAUCUUCUACUGGACUCCUUAGCCUGUUGGCCGGCUUCGGCCUCGCGUGCGCGCACCCCUCGCGCGGCUUGAUCGACAGCGAGCUUCAAGCCAAGCUCUCGACCGGCGCCAGCAUCUCUCACGACGCCUCCGUCGCUCCCCGCUGGAGCGAGUACGGCGCCCCUCAUCCCGGUACCGUCGUGUCCGUCGCGACGGAAGCCGACGUACAGGCGACGGUCCAAUACCUCGUCAAGAAGAACAUCCCGUUCUUGGCACAGAACGGAGGUCACGGUUGGAGCGGCGCGUUUACGCUAGGCCAGAACGGCGUCCUCAUCAACCUGCGCGGCCUCAACAGCACUACCUUCAGCGCCGACAAGACGCAAGUAACUAUCGGAGGAGGUGCCGCGAUCCACGAGGUCAUCGAGCAGGCGUACGCCAACGAUGUGCAGGUCCUCACGGGCAACUGCAACUGCGUCGGAGCUCUCGGCGCGGGUCUCGGCGGAGGUUACGGUAACCUGGUGGGUCUCUACGGCCUCGCCAUCGACAACUACCUCUCCUUCAACGUCGUCCUAGCUAACGGAAGCCUCGUCACCAUAACGCCCGCGCAAGAGGACCUCUGGUGGGCUCUCCGCGGUGCCGGCCCUAACUUCGGCAUCGUCACCUCGGCCGUCAUGAAGUCUACCCCGAUGAAGCAAGCCGACAACACGGCCUGGACCGGUGGUCUGUGGUUCACCGAGGACAAGAUCGAGAAAGUCACCCAAGCUAUCGAGGAUCUUAAGCUCGAGGCACCCAUGAACAUCUUCCUGUACUUCCUAACGUCGAACGGCACCCCUACCGUUCUCGUGACCGUGUUCUACUUCGGUACGGAAGCCGAGGGACGUGCGGCGUUCAAGUCGAUCCUCGACAUCGGACCUUACAGCGACACGACGGCGGUGCUACCCCAGAGCCAGUGGAACGCCGGCGCCGACGGCUUCUGCACCAAGGGCGGGCGCAAGCCAACCUACAGCGCCGGUUUCAACAACUUCGUCCCUACCACCUGGCGCCAGAUCUGGAACGACUACAACCAGUUCCUCACCAACCCCAACACGAGCGCCACCACCGUCGUCGUCGAAUGCUACUCGCUCGAGAAGACCCAAUCGUUCGGAUCCGACAGCGCGUCGUUUGCUAACCGCGACAUCCGCUUCAACGGCUUUACCAUCUCAUGGUACCCCGAUGCGAGCUUGGAUGCGAAGGCCGAGGCAUUCGGCUCCGGUUUCCGUGAUCUGCUACGCGCCGACGACGGACUAUCGUCCAACCGCACAUACGUCAACUUCGCCUUCGGAGACGAGGAAAACCAAGAAGUGUACAACGACAGCACGUCGAGGCUGCAACAGCUCAAGAAGAAAUAUGACCCCUACAAUGUUUUUAACCAGUGGUUCGACCUAUAGCCAUCUAGGUACCUAGUAUCUAUGUUACGCGAUACGUGAAGACGGUAUCCUGAAUUAAUUAACACGGUUCCGAGGAAUAUCCACCCGAGGGUGUGCACAUAUUCUGUAAAUAGUUCAUAUUAAUCUACGAUUU